AUGGCAAAGAUUUACAAAGAUACCCAGGUCGACCUCCGGCCGUACUCGCCGAGCACCAUCGUCAACAUCCCGAUUCCAACACAAACAGGCUCGCAGAACCGGGCGCGAUUCGCAAUCUCCUCCCUCACAGAUCUCGCCGAGCCCAUCGCGAAAGAUGAGGAUGAGUUCGCAAGACGAUACAUCGCGACGCAGGGGUCUGUCUAUUUCCGCAAACGCAAUGUAUACCCGCGAGCGUUUCUCUGGAGGGUCGUCAAUGAAAGCACGGUUUUAGAAAUACAAUGUGUGGAUUUGACAAAGGGUGGCAUCGAGAACCAUGAAUAUAACAUCACGCUGCGAUUGGACUUCCAGGACAAGAUUCUGCCAUCGGGCGUAGCUCUGGCCGACUUGGAAGACCACGAUGUGUUGAAUCUGUUUGUGAUCACGGCCUCCAAGGAGUUGCACACCUUGGCUUUGCGACCAGAAUUCUUCCGGAAACCAGCGUCAAUAGACCAAAAUAUUUCGGACUGGUGCAAAUCUUAUAUCCCAGCACCGUUGGCUUUUUCGCAUCCGCAUAGAUUACAUGCGAGCAGCCCGCUGGAGCUGUUCAUCUCCCUCGACAGCGGUGCGCUCUUACGAUUGACCAGGAGGGCCGCUGACGAUGGUUCAAAUUGGUCUCCGCUUACCCUGGACGAGAGAACUUGGGGUUCAUCUCUUCGAGGGCUGGUCAGGUGGAAUGCCCAAAGUUCUAUCAAAUACGGCGGGCGCACUCUCGACACAAAUGUAGCAAAUGCGGUCGCCACGACAUCCGAUCAGACGUACGUUUUCGCAGUCUGCCUGAAUCACACACUGAAGAUCUGGAAUCUCGCUACGAAUAAAUUGGUGGCAACUAAGGAUCUACUCGGCCGCGAGAUGCAGCAGAAUUCCCUAACAUACUCGUUGAACCCCGCCGAGUCGUCGUUUAUCCGCGUAUUCAAUGUUGAGAGGGCCCUGGACGGCGGGUACCGCUACUACGCUGUGACUUAUUCGCCCUUUGAAGAUGGAUGUUUCAAGUUCUGGGCCAUCAAAGGGGGUCUUACCACGCCUUUAGAAAUUGAAGACCUUUUUCCCGCCGCGACGUUGAGGCCUUUGGAUCCUGAUUCGACGGGAAAUAUGUUUUGGAGCAUUGCCGACUUCCAGGUCAAGCCGGCGGAGGAGGGAAAGCGCAUGGAGCUCUGGGUACUAUGGAGGAAUAGCGGUCUUUAUCAACUAUAUACUCUUCACUUCAACUUUGAAUCGCUAGUUUCGGAUUGGGCGAACAACUGGACCACUGCUGCUUCCGACACCCGACGACAAGAGCUUCCGCCACCUUUACCAAUUUCCGAUGUCGUGGAUCCGACCGAGAAGUGGUUGAAAUUUCUUCUACAGCCAAACAGAUUUCCUACUGAAGUACUCGAGACUUCCUUAACGAUUUACCAGGAAGCCCUCAAGCCUUUGUCUUCCUCGAGCACAUCAAAAAAGAGCACCCCUCUUGUAGAACGUUUAUGCUCUACAUUCGCAGCUACAGUGUCUCUGCGGAAAUUCGAAGAUGACGACAUGGAUUUCUCACGGUAUCGUUCAGAUACAGAUUCUAAGUGGCGGCAAUUCUGGCAGAUUGCGGAUGACCUGAAUAAGAGGAGAUUUGAGCCUCUCACCCUAUCAUAUGAUGUGUAUUACGAGACUCCCUGGGUGCUUCUUUCAGAUAGCUGUGCAGUUGUACGGGAAUGCAGCUCAACAGAACUCCUUCUACACAAUCCAGGACCUGUGCUUCAGAGCGAAGGACCCAAGAUCGCGGAUCGAUGGAGGCAUCGAAACCUGGAAUCAGAGCUUGGUGACUUGUAUGAGGAAGCUUCACAUCUCAUGACGGUUGCUUCCAAUUUCAGGAAGAGAUUCUCAGCUGACCUCAAUGCAGCUUGCCAGAGCGCCAUUGAGGCGGAGAUCUUCGCGGAGCCCUCAUCUUCUGUCCAAGAUAGGAUGGAGGUCUUCCGUGACCGGUGCGAUAUCUCAGAGCAGAUUUCUAACCAGAUUUAUAACGACUUAAUUUCCGAGAUGAAUGAGAAGCUCAACAUCUAUAUGCUAUCUAGCGACAUUUUCUUCAAGAUACUUGGGACCAUCCCACUUGGGUUUCCCGGGAAAGACUCUGACCUUCUCCCUACGCAUUUUGGGGUAAAGGUUACCGUGAACGGCGUCCAGGAGACUAUUCAGUUUACGCGCCAGAUUCUGAUCGAUCUCUUGGUACUUGUUGUGUUCAUUGACGCUGAGGUGGAGCAGGAUAAAGGGUCCACCUUCGAUGCAGUCGAACUGUUUGUUGAGUUGGUCACUUUACUCCGAGAGUACGAAAUGAUGCUGUGGCUAAGCUCAAAUAUGCGGAAAGAGACCGACAAAUUCUCAAAGGCAGCGGAGGACUUCCCGAAUCCAUCCUUUUCUUUAAAGCAGCUACCAUCAAGCGACAAGAGUGCAAGGAUUACAACCAUUUUAGAGGAUUUGUUCGCGACGGACAUCAAACCUCGCCAGGCCAUUGGCCUUCCUCAGAGCUAUAUUUUGACACUCGGCAUCCAAGAUGUGCUAUCAUGGUGCGACUUGAUAGCCAAGGGGAACAUCGAUCUCGCUUGGGACUUUCUACGCUUUCAACCAAGUACAUCCUGGUCGACUUAUGUAAAAGGUCGCCUCUACGUGGCCAUGUCUGAGCUUGAUACAGCAGCCUUGUAUUUUAGAAAAGCCGCCUACCUUCUCUCUUGUGGAAAACCGCUGGGCAAUCUGCACGAGAUGUCCUCGACACUCCUCGAUAUUGUCUCAGUGGACUGUUUCCAUAAUGGACUUCCAAAGUAUUUCCAGCAUGUGCUAUCAAUAUUUGAGCAGGUGCGGGCAUUUUCUCAUGUUUCAGAAUUUGCUAGCCUAGCAUUGCAAGCUCUCGCGAGUGAACACGGUAGCGAGCAGGACGUAGAGGUCGCCCGAUUGAAGAAUGACCUUCUCUCACGCCUGUUUUAUGCUUCGUUGCAGACCUGUCAAUUUGACCAGGCAUAUUCCGCUCUCUCCCGGUACAAGGACUCCGCACUACAGAAGUCCGCAUUGAAUUCCCUCAUCACCAGCAUCCUGGCUGCUUCAGGUUCAGGAAGCGCUGGGCUCGAGCAGAUCCUCGCUUUCCCUACCACUCUCAUCCCUAAUCUCGCCUCUCACGUGGACGAGAUUCUGGUCUCUCUUGCCCAGAAACAGCCCUCAACUUCUCCUUUCGAUACCAAAUCCAGAUGGACCGAAGGCACCGUGGAUUACCAAAGAAUCCUCCAAGCUUACCGUAUCAAGCGCGGAGACUACCGUGGAGCUGCCGAAGUCGCCUAUCACAACGUCGAACGCCUCCGCCAGGCCAGAGACACAUCCACCCACCACCUCCUCUCCAAAGCCAAAGCAGGGGAUCCCCUCCACCACAUUCUCGAAGAAGAUGACCCCGAGAGCAACGAAAUCAGACACGAGCUUUUAUCGCUCAUCAACCUCCUCGCUUGCGUCGACAAAAGCGAGGCUUACAUCCUUGUCGACAAAAAAGAGGCUCGCUCACUCACAGCUCACAGCAACGCCAGCUUGGUAGCAGCCGCUGGACCCGAAAACGACGACGAAAACGUCUUCAUGGAUGAUGCAGAUGUGCCAACCGCACGUCACGGCUCAAUCUCAAAUCUAAGAUUCUUAUCCAAUAAACCAUCUGUUUCGUUGCCGCCGCCCACUUCACCCGCGCAAGGGCCUCGGCGACGAGUCAUAGUCACUCUCGAUCACUUGCGUCGCGAAUACCAAUUGGAGUUAGAUCGAGUCAACAGGAUUGAACGCGGGGAUUGGGAGUUUGGUCUCGAUGAUGGUGUUGGUUUCGAUCUUGAAAGGAAUGUGGCGGAUAAUGUUGAUACAAUGCCGCUUGCCUAAGCUGGGCUGGGUUUGAGCUCGCAUUCUGGCUCGAGUCGCGUUGUGUGUCAAUGACUUAUUUGGUUUAUCUUCAUUUCACGUUUCCAGGGGUCCGUCGGUCAGGCUAGGGCUGUGUUUGUUUGUUUCUCUCCUUCCCCCUUUUUUUCCUGCAUCUUGUAUGGUAUAUUUCUCCGUUAUC